CCUGCUUCCACUCAUGGGCUUGGGCAGCAGAGGAAAAGGCAGAGCCUCUCUCUCCUUUCAAGUCUGAGUGGCCCCUGCAGAUCUGAAAGUGUGUGUAUAUGGAGGGGAGUGCUAAAAGAAGAGCUUGGGUGGGUUAGAUGUACAUGUGGAAUUACUAUGGGUCUUUCAGUAGGAUGGAAUAGUCAUCAUGAUUUUGUAGCCCUGGUUCUUAUGGGAAAUCAAAAGGGGAGUGGGCCCUCGAACAUUAGGACUAGAUUAUUUCCAUGAUAGCACAGCAAAGGUACCAAUGAGGCUUGUAAAUCCUUCAGGAAGUCUGUGAAGUUAGCAUGAUGUCACAGCUAACCUGUGUGAGAUCAAUACUAGGGAACAAGCAUUACUGUUAACUGUGGUGGGAAGGUCCUUGAAGAAAGUACAAAAUUACUUUAAUACGGGGAUGUCCUAGCCAGAGUUGGGGUGGGGAGAGAAUCGGGGAUAGCAAAGGGAGCGAUGAUGUCACCAUGAUGGUACUGGAGGGACCUUUUCCCCUUUAAGGAGACUAGGUGGGCUCUGAGGUCAUGGUGAUGUCAUAAGUGGGAGAGUUCAGGAUUGGCCAAUCUCCUACUGUGCUUCUGAAUGCAGUAAGUGAAGGGGGGGCCAUGGCAGAGGAGAGGCCCCCCCGGCUUGUGGAUUACUUUGUGGUGGCUGGGCUGGCAGGGAGUGGAGGGACAGUCCCUGAGGAAACUGGGGGCCCUGAGCCAGGGGGGCCUCUGCGCCCACCCCGUCCGGCAGAGCCCAUCACAGAUGUGGCCAUCAUUGCCCGGGCUCUGGGAGAAGAGGUGCCCCAAGGCUACACUUGUAUUCAAGCCUCAGCUGGUGGGCAUCCACUGGAGCUCAGUGCUGGACUUCUGGGUGGCUCCCAGCCUACCAUCUGUUAUCGCAGAGGACGAGACAAGCCUCCCCUUGUUGAGUUAGGGGUAUUAUAUGAGGGGAAGGAACAUCCUAAACCAGGUUUCCAGGUGCUGGAGACAACGCCCUAUAGCCACUCUGCCAACCUGGCUCCUCCAGGCCCUGGGCAUCCCCGCACCUACCUCACUUACCGACGGGCGGCUGAAGGGGCAGGACUGCAUGCCCUGGGUAUCACUGAUCUCUGUCUGAUCUUGCCCAGCAAAGGCGAGGGAACUCCCCACACGUACUGCCGCCUGCCUCGAAAUCUCAAUCCUGGCAUGUGGGGCCCAGAUGUCUACCUGUGCUACAAGGUGGGCCUGGCAAAGGCUAAUACACUGGUCUAUGAGGCAGAACUGCUAGGCCGGUACCCAGAGCAGGACAAUGAGGCAUUUCCGCUGCCUGAGUCUGUGCCUGUCUUCUGCCUGCCUAUGGGAGCCACCAUUGAGUGUUGGCCUGCCCAAACCAAAUACCCGGUGCCCGUCUUCUCCACUUUCGUGCUCACAGGGGCUGCUGGUGAUAAGGUGUAUGGGGCAGCCCUGCAAUUCUAUGAGGCAUUCCCAAGAGCUCGUCUUUCGGAGCGUCAGGCGAGGGCACUGGGGCUGAUGAGCGCAGUAGAUCGGGGCCGAGCACUAGGUGGCCGGGCUGUGCGCAGCCGCCGGGCUGUAGCUGUGCUGUCCCGAUGGCCUGCCUUCUCUGCUUUCCAUGCCUUUCUCACGUUCCUUUACCGAUACUCUGUCUCUGGGCCCCACCGAUUGCCCUUGGAAGCGCACAUCUCCCACUUCAUGCAUAAUGUUCCCUUCCCCUCCCCUCAGAGACCCCGUAUCCUGGUACAGAUGUCCCCCUAUGACAACCUCCUCCUCUGUCAGCCUGUCUCAUCUCCCCUGCCUCUGAGUGGUGCCAGCUUCUUGCAGCUGCUACAGAGCCUGGGGCCUGAGCUGGCAGUAACUCUGCUGAUUGCUGUCCUCACCGAGCAUAAGCUUCUGGUUCACUCUCUUCGACCUGACUUACUCACUAGUGUCUGUGAGGCCCUGGUCUCUAUGAUCUUCCCACUGCACUGGCAGUGCCCCUACAUCCCUCUCUGCCCACUGGUGCUGGCAGAUGUGCUGAGUGCCCCUGUACCCUUCAUCGUGGGCAUCCACUCCAGCUACUUUGACCUGCAUGACCCACCUGCUGAUGUCAUCUGCGUUGACCUUGACACCAACACGCUCUUCCAGACAGAAGAGAAGAAGUUGCUCCUGCCUAGGACCCUUCCCCGCCGGCCAUAUAAAGUGCUGCUGAACACACUGACUGCCCUUCACCAGCAACUGGAUCAGACAUACACAAGACCUGAGGAGGAGGCAUCUUUGGAGUUUCUGCUGACUGACUAUGAAGCAGUGUGUGGGAGGCGAGCACGGCUAGAGCGGGAAGUCCAAGGUGCCUUCCUUCGAUUUAUGGCCUGUCUGCUGAAGGGCUAUCGAGCCUUCCUCCGGCCACUCACUCAGGCACCCUCGGAGAGUGCUCGUGAUGUUGAAAACCUCUUCUUCCUGCAGGGCUUUCUAAAGUCCCGAGAACGUUCCAGCCACAAGUUCUACGCCCAGCUGCUACACACACAAAUGUUCUCACAGUUCAUCGAGGAGUGCUCCUUUGGCUCUUCCCGCCAUGCUGCCUUGGAGUUCUUUGACUCCUGUGUUGACAAGGUUCACCCGGAACAGGAGAAGCCAGAGCCUGUGCCUUUGGUGGAGCUAGAGGAGCCAUCAGGGAGUGAGCUCACAGUUUUUAUCACCCCUCCUGAGGAACCCAUAGUGACUGAGGGUAGCGAGUCUACUCCUCUCUACUGUUAUGAUGGGUUCCCUGAGCUUCGGGCUGAACUGUUUGAGUCCCCCCAGGAACAGCCUGGACCCUCUCUUGCACCAGGCCCUUCUCGAAGUGCGCCCAGUAGCCCUGCUCCCCGACGUACCAAACAGGAGAUGAAGGUUGCACAGCGGGUAGCCCAGAAGUCAGCAGCAGUGCCUGAGCUUUGGGCACGAUGCCUGCUGGGACACUGUUAUGGGCUGUGGUUCCUGUGUUUACCUGCCUAUGUUCGGUCUUCCUCUUCUCGAGUCCGGGCACUACAUACCGCCUACCAGGUCCUUCGACAGAUGGAAAGCCGAAAGGUGGUGCUGCCUGAUGAGGUGUGUUACCGUGUGCUGAUGCAGCUUUGCUCCCACUAUGGAGAGCCUGUGCUGUCUGUACGGGUCAUGCUGGACAUGAGGAGAGCCGGCAUUGUGCCCAACACUAUCACCUAUGGUUACUACAACAAGGCUGUACUGGAAAGCAAGUGGCCAUCGGGCACCACAGGUGGCCGCCUCCGUUGGGCCAAGCUCCGGAAUGUGGUCCUGGGAGCUGCUCAGUUCCGUCAGCCCCUUCGGGAGCGGAGGCAGCAGGAACAGGCAUUGAGGGGGGCAAGAAGUUCCCAGCCAGAGCCCCGCCUGGAGCGGCCCUCCCCGACCCGUCCCCUUCAUCGCCAGACCACCUGGGCAGGGCGAAGCUUUCGGGACCCAGCCUCUCCCACUGGGCGGCUGGUGAAGAGUGGUAGUCUGGGUAGUGCCCGAGGGGCACAACCCACUGUGGAGGCUGGUGUGGCACACAUGAUAGAGGCCCUGGGUGUCCUAGAGCCCCAGGGGUCCCCUUUGUCCUGGCAUGAUGGCAGCCUCUCUGAUGUAAGCCUGGCAAGUGAAGAUCCAGCACCUGGAGGCAGCCCUGGGGGAACAGGAAUGGCUCUGAGUGCCCAUUCAGCUGAGGCCCUAGAUGGGCUGGGUGGGCAGGCACCCAAGACUGGCAAGCGGCAGGAUGCAGUGGGUACUCCCCGGCGGGGAAUAGGUGCCCGUCUACAGCAGCUGCUCACCCCCUCCCGCCGCAGCCCUGCCUCUCGUGCCCCUCCACCUGAGCUGCCCUCAGACAUACCCCUCCCAGCCCGCCGAAGUCCUAUGGAUAGCCUCCUGCGACCCCGGGAACGUCCAGGAUCCACUGCCUCUGAGAGUUCAACGUCUCUCGGUAGUGAGUGGGAUCUCUCUGAGAAUUCCCUCAGCAGCCUCAGCAUUCAGCGUUCCUCGGAGCGCCUUAGUGACACCCCUGGUCUCUCCCAGCCUCCCCCUGUCGAGAUUCUUCUGUCUAGCUGUUCUCUGUGUAGAGCCUGUGACUCCCUAGUGUAUGAUGAGGAGAUCAUGGCAGGCUGGGCACCUGAUGACUCCAACCUCAAUACCACCUGCCCCUUCUGCUCUCGUCCUUUUGUGCCCUUGCUUAGUGUCCAGACCCUUGACUCCAGGCCCCGCAGUGACCUUCAUGGUACACCCACCUCUACAGGUGCCAGUAAUAGAGAUGCUCCUCUCCCCGGGGGCCCUGGCCCUGUCCUUAGCGACCGACGGCUCUGUCUUGCCCUAGAUGAUUCCUCUGUUUGUAAUGGAGACACUGAGAGUGCUCCAAGGAAAGUGGAAGGUGGGGCAUGGGCAUACCUGAGUCCUCUGGUGCUACGCAAGGAGCUGGAGUCCCUGGUGGAAAAUGAGGGCAGUGAGGUACUUGCCUUACCUGAACUGCCUGCUUCUCAUCCCAUUCUCUUCUGGAACCUGCUUUGGUACUUCCAGAGGCUUCGGCUGCCCAGCACCUUGCCUGGCCUCAUUCUAGCUGCCUGUGACGGGCCUUCCUCCACCCAGGCCCCAUCUCCUUGGCUGCCCUCAGAUCCAGCUCUGGUGCAGGUACGGCUGCUGUGGGAUGUUCUGACCCCUGACCCUGACAGCUGUCCUCCCCUCUACGUCAUUUGGAGGUCUCACAGUCAGAUCCCUCAUCGGGUGGCCUGGCCGAGCACAGCACCUGCACCUCUGAAUCUUGCUCUGUUGGAGACUGUGCUGCUCCACGUGGGAUUCAAUGAAGUCCACAAGGCUGUGGGGCUUCUCCUGGACACACUAGGCUCCCCACCAGAGGGCCUGCACCUGCAGCGAAGCAUCUACCGAGAGAUUCUGUUCUUGACUCUGGCUGCCCUGGGCAAAGACCAUGUGGAUAUAGUGGCCUUUGACAAGAAAUACAAGGCAGCCUUCAAUAAGCUGGCGAGCAGUUUGGGCAAAGAGGAGUUGCGACGGCGGCGGGCACAGAUGCCAACCCCAAAGGCCAUCGAUUGUCGCAAGUUUUUUGGGGCACCUUUGGAAUGCUAGGGCCUUUGGGCCUCUUAUCCCAGCCUAAAGGACAGAGGAAUCUCUGGGUAACGUCUUUCCUCUGCUCCCCAAGGUUAGGGAGUGUGCCAGGCAGAAUGCCCAGUCUGGGGGCCUUGCUUGGGGCAGGAGAGGUCACUGAUACCAAAAGUCACAACUCCUCUUGUUUCUGACCCGCUUUUCUUGUGUUGAUGUGGGAGGAGAGUUGGCACAACUCUGCCUCUCCACUGCCCUCCAGAAAUCCAGGUGCCUCCAUCCAAGGCACCCCUAGAUUCAUGCCUACCUGUCAUUUUAGAAGUUUUUGUUUUAAAAAACACCUGGAAAGAUACAGAACUUCUGAGCCUCUGCCUUGGUCCUGGGGGAUGUUCUCACCUUUCCCCCAGGUCAGAGAUGCUCCUCUUCCCACCUGGACCCACCCCCACCUUCCACCUCAAUAUUAAUAUUUUAUUUUGUUAUUUAUUCUGGAGCCACAACAGUUGCCUCAAUUUUGGGGUUCCUGUUAAGAUUGGAAAGGUGAGGAACUGGAAGUCCUGGGCCCUGUAGUUGUUUCCUCCUCACCCCUUUUCUUUUGGAGAAUGAGAACUCAGGGAGGCUGAAGCUUGGUUUCCCCACACACAUUUGACAUCCCUAUUUUCUACCCUAGGAAUUGGGGUAUUUUUCCCUCCCCUCCCUUGCUCCCUCUUCCCCCACCCAGGGCUGCUUUACCCACCCAGGGCCCUGAUCUGUGCAAUAACGAUUGUCUGAGGUUUUGUUGGAUGUAAAUACAGUAAAAGCUGCUUCUCUCUUUUCUUUGCUGUCUCCUCUUUCCUGUGUCCAGGGUGGGGAGGGUACGAUUUUCCUCUGAGGCUCAGUCACCCAGUUGUACUCUGUUUAAAAAGGACCCCUGCCCAUGUCUUCAGUUCUGGUGGGCUUUGAUUCUUAGGUCUUUCUCUGCUAGAGGAAGCCUCUCCCCUUAUUGGGAGCAAGAAGGGGAGUAAAUAUGACAUUGCCCAUGGUGGUGCCAGUCUGUGUGGCGCUUCCAUCCUUCCCACACAAUCGCCCCCUUGUCACCUCCCCUCCCACUUCUUGAUUUACACAAAGGGUCCAUUCUCUGGGCCCUUGAGCUCAUCUCUAUCCUUCUUUCCCUGUUCCCAUAUUCUGUCCCCUAAACUCCUCUGGGAACCUUCCCAUGGAUAAUCCUUUCUCUGCUGGUGUUCCCUCUGCUACUUAUACUUUAGGAACACUCCUCAACUCCUUUCCCUUCAGGAGCUGGGGUAACUGCUUCCACCAUCACAGCAGUAAGCUGGAGGCAGUGUGUGGGGAGGGGAGCACGUGGACUUUUUUUUUAGAAAAAGCCGAAGAUGUGACACAUCUCUGUCAUUUUCUGAAUCCUUUAGGCUCAGAUAGGAGGCCCGGCCCUGCUCCCUCCUUCUCCGGGUAAUGAAAUCUACACAGGAAACAGCCGCUAAGCCGAGCCACAAAAGCAGUUACAGAAGUGAAUUAGCCAACAAAACAAAACAUCUUUAGGGGGUAGUGGGCAGAAGUGUUAGGACAUGAUCACUCACAAUAGCCUCCAACUGAUGGGAGAGAGGAAGGAGGAAUUUCUGGAGACCACAGAGGAAAAGAACUUAGAAAUAUUGGGAUCCUGUAAGCAGGCUAUCUGGACGUGUGUGUGUGUGUGUGUGUCUGUGUGUGUGUGUGUGUCUGUGUGUGUGUGUGUGUCUGUGUCUGUGUCUGUGUCUGUGUGUGUGUGUUCGUUCGUUCAUGUUCUCCCAGGCUCCAUGAGGCCAGGGUAGCUACUUCCUUGAAUAAGCUUCCUCUAGAGACAAAACUCCCACUUCUCAGGGAAGUUGUUACUGUUUUUAAAAAUUCUUUUAAAUUGUGUACUUCCAACAAACAUUUCAAGGUUCAAAGAACAAGAGUGUACAAACUACUUUUUUUUUUUUAAGAAAUGUUACAGUGGAAACAAAAUUGCUAUAUCUCUUUGUUUUCUGUGUAUUUUAAACAAUGUUUUCUUGAUGCUUUUUCUUUUGUUAAUCAUUACCCAUUAACUGGCCUCUCUUUUGUGUCCAUUCCUCCCUUCUACUCUACCUUUCCCCUAUUCAAACUACUCCCCCAGCCUGCCUCCCACAUUCUGAUCCUUUUUUCUUACAACUUUUAGCUCAUUUUCUCAUGGUUUUCCUAUAGAUAGGUAGGCAGCACAGUGAAUAGAGCACUAGAACUGGAGUUAGUAAGACCUGAAUUAAAAUCUUGCUUCACUUGCUGUGCAACCGUAAGGCAAGACACUUAACCUCAGUUUCCUCAUCUGUAAAAAGGGGAUAACAAUAGCACCUACCUCACAGGGUUGUUGUGGGGAUCAAAUAAACUAAUGUGAAGUGCUUUGCAAACUUUAAA